GCCACUAAUUCAGUCAGUGUUUUGUGAGAGAUCACCGCAAUGGCCUUUUGUUUCAUUAUUUUCGUUUCAAUCCCUCCUUAUCUUCCUCCUCUUUUCCCUCUUAUAAUUCUUCCCCCUCACCAUUUUCUUUUGGUUUCUAGAAAAAAAAACCCAGAUUUUUCUUUCAUUUCUGAAGUGAAUUAAGCAAAAAAAAAAAAAAGAUGAAGAAAACCCUUUUUGACUCUUUUUAAUAUUGUAUAUUGAAUUAUUAUCGUUUUUAUAGAAAACCCAAUAUGUUCUUAUAGAACAGUUCAUUUGUUGUAAUUGAUAAACAAAAAGUGAAGAGAAAAAAAAAUCAUUUUUGUAUUGAAUAAGUCAAAACCCAGUUCAGCUUUCUCGGUAAACAAACAUGGCAUCGGUGUUUUUAUACCAUGUAGUGGGUGAUCUAACGGUGGGGAAGCCAGAAUUGGAAGAAUUUUAUGAAACAGAAACGAUUGGAUCAGCUAUAAGAGCAAUAAGAGAGUCAACAGGGUGUGGUAUAACAGUUUGGAAAAGAAAAACUCAUAUGGAAAUGGCGGAAAACAAUGAUACGAGACAACAAAGAUUUGUGGGUAUUUUAACUUCACUUGAUGUUGUGUCUUUUUUAGCUAAACCUCAAUGUUUGGAAGACCAGGACAAAGCUAUGAAAACACUUGUGUCUGAUGUUGUUGUCCCUGACAAUGCUCUCUUGAAGAUUGUUGAUCCUGGUAUUAGAUUGAUAGAUGCAUUGGAGAUGAUGAAACAAGGUGUGAGGCGACUUCUUGUUCUGAAGAGCACGGUAUGGAAAGGAAUGAGCAAGAGAUUCUCGAUCCUUUAUAAUGGCAAGUGGCUCAAGAAUGUGGACAACAGUAGUAACCUCAGUAUUAAUGUCAGUGCCCCUUCAUCUGCUGCGUCUUCUGCUUCUUCUUCCUCAUCAUCCACCCCACCCUUCAUGCGCAACAAGUUUUGCUGUUUGUCGAGAGAAGACAUAAUCCGUUUCCUCAUCGGUUGCCUCGGUGCUCUAGCCCCACUCCCCCUGUCUUCGAUCUCCUCACUUGGAGCUAUUAACCACAACUAUAGCUCCAUUGACGCUUCCCUCCCAGCUGCCGAAGCAACGCAAAAAAAUCCGGGUGAUCCCAGCGCGUUUGCCAUUAUGGAGAGCACACCAGAUGGUCGGCAUAGAAUUUUAGGAGAAAUCUCAGUCUCUAAACUAUGGAAAUGUGAUUAUAUAGCCGCAGCAUGGGCUUUAGCCAACCUUUCUGCCGGACAAUUCAUUAUGGGGAUCGAGGAUAAUGUGAGUUCGAGAUGGCUCACUGAUUGCAAUAAUAAUUCCCUAGACAAUGGUGUUGAAUCAACAAGGCCAAGGAAAAUCAGUAGUAUGAGCAGUGGGUACAGUCCAGUGUCCCCAACUUUCGGAGUCGGUCGGGGCACGUAUAGGGGCAGAAGUGCACCCUUGACAUGUAAAACCACAAGCUCGUUGGCCGCGGUUAUGGCUCAAAUGCUAUCUCAUAGGGCAACCCAUGUUUGGGUGACUGAAGGUGAAGAUGAUGAUGAUGUUUUAGUAGGGGUGGUGGGUUAUGCCGACAUUUUGGCUGCGGUCACCUCCAAAGCACCUAGUCUCUCCGCUCUCACACCUCGAUCUAUCAUAGAGCUUCGCCUGGAAAAUCAUCAUUGAAUUCCCAAACCCUACCUCUUUUUACCAUUUUCCUUUUUUAUUCUAUUUUAUUUAUUUAUUUAUUUUAGUUCCAUUGCUGUUCUUGACUUUAGCACCCAUGUUUGCCCUCUUAUGCAGCACAUUUUGCUUUAUGAGGUUUAAGAGAGUUAUCUGUAUUUUUCUA